AUGGACGAAAAUACGUUUAACCUUUUAUUAAACCUUGUUGGAUAUCAUUUACAGAAACAGAAUACAGUAAUGCGACAAGCAAUUUCUGCCGAAGAACGGCUAAUUGCCACUCUUCGAUUUCUGGCCACUGGAAGAUCGUACGAAGACUUGAAAUAUUUUACAUGCAUUGCAGCUCAAACUUUAGGGCAGCUCAUACCAGAGACCUGUCAGGUUAUAUAUAAUGUAUUGAAAGAAAAAUAUAUGAAGUUUCCGACUACAAAACAAGAAUGGAUAGAAACUGCGCAAGGUUUCAAAUAUCGUUGUCAGAUGAUAAAUUGUGGUGGAGCACUCGAUGGAAAACAUAUUCGGACUGAACGUCCAGCUUUAUCAGGGGCUCAAUAUUAUAAUUACAAAAAUUUUUAUAGUAUUGUGCUGAUGGCAUUAGUUAAUUCCAACUACGAAUUCGUAUACGUUGAUGUAGGAAAGUAA